GAAUAGGGUUUUCAUGGUAAACGGUAUUCAGAGGUGGUUUUACCAUUGCCUUCCUCUGAGGCUGAGAGGCAGUGACUGGCCCAAGGUCGCCCAGUGAGCUUCAUGGCUGUGUGGAGAUUCGAACCCUGGUCUCCCAGGUCAUAGUCCAACACUGACCUGGGGGAAGGGGAGGAGAUUGGCACAAUGCGCAUGUGCUGGCUAGUGAGCAAAGAUAGAGGCUGUCAGCAAAUUAAACUGCCGCACUUAGAAAUGGUGGUGAUAGGGCGUGGCCCUGAAACGGAGAUAACAGACAAGAAGUGUUCACGAAGACAAGUACAGCUAAAAGCAGACUGCAACAAAGGGUAUGUCAAGGUUAAACAGAUUGGAGUCAACCCAACCAGUAUUGAUCUAGUGAAUAUUGGUAAGGACCAGGAAAUUAAACUGAAGCCAGGACAAAUUCUCCAUAUCGUCAAUAAUCUGUACCCCUACACUGUGCAGUUCUUGGAGGAAAUGGGAACAUGUGGUGGUAGGGAGGCAGUGGAACCUAAAGGUGAAAAAAGACCACAGGAUGGAUCUGAGAACGGUGGUGUGGAAAACAUGCCAGGCAAAUGUGUAAAAAUGGAGCAGAUGGACCCACAAGCCUGUGAUUCAGGCUGCAAGCUGAAUAACAGCAGUAGUUCACUUUCUUCAUCCGGAAGCUCUUCCAAAAGUCAGGAGUGUUUUGAGUACUGGGCUCAUGGUCUGAAGGCUUCCAUGCAAAACCCAGAUAUGCAGGUUUACAAGGAUGAGAAGGCUGUAGUUAUAAAGGAUAAGUAUCCAAAAGCUCGCUACCACUGGCUAGUGUUGCCAUGGAAGUCUAUCUCUACCUUGAGUAGAGUAACUCAGGAGCAUGUUGAACUUCUGGAGUACAUGCAUGCAAUGGGAGAGAAGAUGGUCCAGCAGUGCCCAGAGAAAGACACCUUACGCUUCAGACUCGGCUACCAUGCCAUUCCCAGCAUGAGCCAACUGCAUCUUCAUGUCAUCAGCCAGGACUUUGAUUCCAAGUGGUUCAAAACCAAGAAGCAUUGGAAUUCUUUUACAACACAGUAUUUCAUAGACUCCAAAGAUGUGAUUGUGAUGGUUAAGAAGAAAGGGAGAGUAAUUGUAGACAAGGAGAUUGCCAAACUCUUGAACCUGCCUCUGAAGUGUCAUGUGUGCAAAAGGCAGCAACCAAAUAUCCCUCAGUUAAAGGAGCACCUUAAGGAACAUUGGCCAAAAUAAUCUGAGGAACCUCUGUUUUGAUCCACUCACUACAUUUUACUGACUACUGGAUUAUCCUAAUCCCAUGUUAACAUGCACAUUUUAAUUUCAAGCCUAUACUAAGUUGUCUUAUUAAGAGCCCCAAACUGCAGGUAUUUAAAAUUACAAGACAAAUGGGGGGGCGAGAAGGGGGGCUUGUGUGCAGUAGGAUGUCCCUGAUAGCUUGCAUAUGGUGUCCUUUGUUGGGUGAAGCCAAAACAAGUAGCCCCAAAACUUUUUUCUAAGGAAAUUUAUCAUUUGGGCUGUAUGGCUGGAAAUCAAACUAUUGGUUCUGUCUCCUGACCAAAACCUCUUCCCCUUGCAGUAUUGUACUUGAGCUGAGUUUCCCCAAACCCAUAACAGCCAGCUGAAAGUAGUAACUGAUCAUCUUUUGACUUGCAUCACUGGUGUUCUCAUUAUACAGGUGGGAAAGUUAGUGGCUGAAUUCAUAUAUGAGUUCUGGUCCUUAGUGAAAUAUUGGCCUGGUUUGCACGUCAGACUGAGCUAAACCAUGACUUAGCGUGAACAUAUAGGUUCUAGGAAAGGAAACUGGUUUGCUCCUUCAUGGUUGUUCUGCUGCCGCGCGGAGCUGAGCUAAGUCAUGGCUUGGCAUGUCAUCUGAACCCAGGCUAAUGGCUGAGCUCUCUCCAGGCUAACCACAAACUAUGGUUUGUGUGGGAGAGCUAAACCAACAGGCUAGGUUUGGAAAGCCCACAAAGCCAAACUGUAACUUAGCUCGGCACAGCAACACAACAAGCAGGGAGAAGCAAAGCAGCCACAAUCUCCUUUGUUGCUGAGCCAUGGUUUGAUUUAGUGUGACAAACCAGGGCUCCGAUUGCACAAGAGGGAGCCAAGUGGUACAUCAGUUCUUUUCAGGCUUCCUGUUGAUCAUUUGUCAUGCUUUCUGGCAAGGAGUACACUCCAGUCCUUAUGCACAGGAGCCAUGUAGAACAGUCAAUGCUCCACUAGAAGACAAGUACUGACCAUUCUAGAGCCAGCUGUUGUAUGUCCCAAAGACUUCAUCUCUGUGCUUGCUUCCCAGUCACUGAAGUUUUAGUAAAAGUACAGCCUGUCAGUGGCAACCCACAGAUGCACAUAUCUCUGCCAGAUAUAUUGCAACUGAUUAAACGUGUUGAGGGGGUCAGCUGUAGGAGCAAUCUGUUCCUCAGUUUAUAGGAUGAGGAUGAUAUAUAAGAUAAGCAAGAGAUCAAAAAUGCCUCCACUUGUGGCAGAGCAUGGUGACUGGUGUGUGGUUUUCUUUCAUACAUGGGGCUUCUGCAUGUGCCAGUCUGGGGCCGAAUAUUGCCUUAUCUUAGAGUAUCCCAAGCAACUUUUCAAGCAGAUGUUUCUUCUGGUUUUCCUGAGAGUUCUUUAGAGAUAGAUAAAUAAAAUAAAAUAAAAUAAAUGACCA